CAUACUUUAGAUGUUGCACCUUUCCUUCAAACAAAUUAAAAUUACACAUAAAUACAGAUGCAAACUAUCACUCACUCUCUUUGUUCCCACCACAAAAACUAAAAGCCUAAAAGCACACACUAUAUAGUACUAUACCCUUCACAGCUUUAGUUAUUAGUACUAUACCCUUCACAAUUACAAAGAAAAAAGCACCUAAGAUCAGAGAAGAGAAAAGAAAGAUGAUGUUGUCAGGUGAAAAUGGUGGUGCAAGAAGCAAAGAUUUUGCAGUCCAAGUGUUCACAGGAAGAUGGUUCAUGGUUUUCUCAUCAUUCAUGAUCAUGUCGGUUUCAGGAGCAAGCUACAUGUUCAGCCUCUACUCCAGAGAAAUCAAAUCAUCAUUGGGAUAUGACCAAUCUACUCUGAAUCUCUUAAGCUUUUUCAAGGACUUAGGCUCCAACAUAGGCAUUCUCUCUGGCCUAAUCAAUGAAAUCACACCUCCUUAUGUUGUCUUAACAAUUGGUGGUGUCCUCAAUUUCUUUGGAUACUUCAUUGUAUGGCUUGCUGUCAGCAAAAAGAUUGCAAAGCCACAGGUUUGGACCAUGUGUUUGUACAUUUUCAUUGGAGCAAAUUCACAUUGUUCAACAAACACUGGUGCACUUGUCACAAGUGUUAAGAAUUUCCCUGGUGUUAGAGGUAUUGUUAUAGGCCUUCUAAGUGGCUACCUUGGUUUGAGUGCUGCAAUUAUCACUCAAUUGUACUAUGCUUUCUAUGGAAGUGACACAAAAUCUCUUCUUUUACUCAUGGCAUGGCUACCAACUGCUACAGCUUUUCUUUUUCUACCAUUCAUUAGGCACCAUAAGGGUAUUCAACAGAAGAAUGAUUCCAAGGCUUUCUAUAACUUCCUUUACAUGUCACUAGUCCUUGCAGUGUUCCUCAUGAUUGUAAUCAUAGUUGAAAAAUGUUUCUCUUUCACUCAGAGUGAAUAUUAUGCUACCACCACUGUGAUGCUUCUCUUGCUUGUUUUUCUUCCACUUGGUGUUGUUGUUCAGGAAGAACACAGAAUUUGGAAGGCCAAAAAACACCAACAACAAUUGAAUUGUGAAGAUCUUCCAAAUCCAAAGCCUUUGAAUAUCAUAACUACAGAGAAGCCUAAAGAAGUGACCAAGCCUGCACAACCAUCAUCAUCAGGGUCUUGUUGGAAAGACAUGUUCAAGGCACCAAACAGAGGUGAAGAUCACACAAUACUUCAAGCAAUUUUCAAUCUUGACAUGCUGAUUUUGUUCUUUGCUACUAUAUGUGGUCUAGGUGGCAACCUCACAGUUGUGAAUAACUUGAGUCAAAUUGGAACAUCAUUAGGAUAUUCCCCACAUAGCAUAACAACAUUUGUUUCCCUUAUGGCAAUUUGGAUCUACCUAGGUAAAAUUGUGCAAGGUGUGGUCUCAGAAUUUGUCAUAACAAAAUUCAAGAUCCCUAGGCCUUUCAUGUUAACAUCAAUACUUUUGUUGUCUUGUGUUGGUCACCUCUUAAUUGCAUUUAAUGUCCCAAAUGGUCUCUAUGUAGCAUCUAUUGUUAUUGGGUUCUGCUUUGGUGCAAAUUGGCCAAUACUUUUCUCAAUAAUUUCUGAACUUUUUGGACUUAAAUAUUACUCAACAUUGUAUAAUGUUGGGUCAAUAGCAAGUCCAAUUGGGUCAUAUUUGCUUAGUGUGAGGGUUGCUGGGCACUUUUAUGACAAAGAAGGUCUAAGGCAAAUGGCAGCAAUGGGACUAAAGAGAAAUCCAAAUGAAGAGUUGAAUUGCAAUGGUGCUGAAUGUUACAAGUUAGCAUUCAUUAUAAUCACUGCUGUGUGUUUAUUUGGAGCACUUGUGUCACUGAUUUUGGUGUAUAGGACUAGGGAGUUAUACAAAGGUGACUUAUAUAAGAAGUUUAGAGAAGAAGAUUCAUCUACUAUCAAUACUGCUGAAACUGAAAUGCCCAUGUCUCAAAACAAGAUUGUUGUAGAACCUGCUGCAAAUUGAGGAUGGAUCUGUGAUCUUUGGUAAGAAUAUUGAAUAAAAUGAAUUUCAGAUUGAUAGCUAUAAGCUAUUCUAGGAUAUAUAUGUUCAUGUUUCUAUAAUGUUACGAGUCUUUGAUUUCAUCUAAGCAAAUUAUUUUAUAUGAUUGGAAUGAUUGGAAGUUCUUGUAAGCUGUAAUGUUACAAGUCUAUGAUUUCAUCUAAGUAAAUUUUACAUACUA